UUUCGUCGAGCAAUAUAGCAGCCUGGCAGCAGCAGCAGCAGCAGCAAGUCCUUCUUCGGGAGUCCCGGUGCAGCAGUCGUAGUCAUCGCCGUCGUAGGGAACACUUUGGAACACAAGUCGGUGUCGCGCUGUGGUUCGGUUUUUCUGAGUCGGAGAAAGUGAAGAAAGUGAGCCCCAAAGUUGGCCCAGUGUGGUGUGGUGUAACGUGAAUGACCAUCCUAGUGGGGACGGCAGCACUAUUGAGUAGUGAACCUAACCUAGAAAUUGAUAGGAAGAAACCAUCAGCUGAAGCAAAUAUGGCGAGCCGAAUUUGUAGGAAAAAGUGAUGUGGAACUUCGAGAAGAUUUUUUUUUUCGUUGCCCCACUCAACGACAUAGAAUCGAGCAGCGGAUUGAAGUGAGGUGAGGCGAGGGAUGAUUGCGUGAGGGACUGGGCUGGAGGUCCAAGAAGGGGGCUUAAGGCAGAGCAGCAAAAAAAGUGUGUUCAGUUUCCUUUGUGGAACUUUUUCAGUGUUUCUCGGGUGUGAGUGUAUGCGUGGAAGGCCUGUUUGGAAGUGAAGCUAUAACUUGUGUCAGUGUAUUUCGGAUCGUUUGUAUGAAUCGAGAAGGCAGCAGACGGCGAUUGUAUAGCAGCUCUUUGACAGUUCGCUUCACUGGAAUCGCUCGCCUAUGUGGAGGAGAGCCUGACUGAAUACACUGUGUGUAUAAUACGGAGGUACAUUGUGCAAAAGUGGUAUCGGUCGGGUUUUGAGAAGAGGAGAAAUAAAAAAACUAGUGACACCUCUUGUGCUGUGUGUUCCGACGACAACGGAAGCAACUCUAGCAUACAAAAUGGAAGCAGCAGCAGGUUCGACAGAUUCUUCCGGAAUCAAUACUUGAAGGCGUUGCCAGUGGAAAACGAAACGCAUUUUUGAAAAGAAUACAAUGGACGGCGAGGAACGACGAAGGUGUUACAUUUCCUCUGAUAGAUGUGCCUUAGGAAUUUCGAACGUGAAGAACUGUCAGACCGUCGAAUGAAGAAGCACCCAGCUGCUGGUUAUCAUCGACUUCGUGUCAUCAUCGUCAUACACCGUCUCGCGUUGGAGAUAGGCGGAACCGCAGCGAAAAGCGGAGAUAAUAUUGAAGAACGGAGUGUGUGACUUAAAGAGAAACGAGAAGCUUAACAUACCCAACGUACACACACCCCCUCUCGCUGAAUGGAAGAAGAAACGGUGUAAUAACUUUUCCUGUUCUAUUUCGCAUAACAUUUUGUACGCAUCCAGAUCGUUCAGAAGAAGCAAUUAUUCCCACUGUUUGUAAAGUAGAGAAGAUUACCGCAUCUAAUUGUGUCGCUGAUAAAAAACCGUGUUCCUCAGCGCCCCAAAUGGAAGAGACAAAACGAGGCACACUCACAAAUACUUAGCCCUCUGGUUCUUAGAUUUUCAACCCUCUGAAUGUGAUUACUUCGAUAGAGCAGCUCGCGCCGCUAGGGGCACCCAUCGAGUUGAUUAGGAACCUUAGAAAUUAGCAAUUUAAACAUUUGAUACGAGCGCAUCUGUCCCCGGUAGCGCUUCAGCUAGUUGCAUUAGUUGUGCUACAUCUGUGUCGUCUCGCCCCAUAUGGUGUUGGAGACACAGGCGAGGCAGGACAGCAAUCCGAUAGUUGUUGGACUAAGCCGCCGUCAUCGGCUGUGCGACGACGAGAGUGUAUUCGUCGUAUCGAGAAGAGUGGUAGCAGUGGUGGUAGCAGCAGCAGCAGGCCAGCAACAACCGCAACCAACUAACUACUACCAAAACGACCAAGACUUAAGUGUCAAUACGGUGGUCGGAGGUGGUGGUGGUGUUGUUGGGGCUGGUUCCAUACAAUAAUGGACAGCGGCGGCGAGGACAGCACUGUGAUCUACCGAGCGACCGUCAGCUACACUUCCGCCAAUGUCGAUGAGCUUAGCUACCAGAAGGAGGACAUCCUUGAGGUGUACAUCCCGAAAACGUCGAUCGGCGGUGGGGCGGCGUCGACGGGCAACAGCAGCACUACUGGUGGCGGAUGGUGUACGGCGAUCAAUACACGCACCAAGAAGAAUGGCUACGUACAAUUGCAAAACCUGCAGUGCUGCAACGACAACGGUGCCGGCAGUGGUAAUAGCAGCAGCAUGACAACCCCGAGCCAUUACAUACCAGUAGCCGGACUGGUUGCAGGAGGAGGGGACAGCAGUAGUGCCGUAGCCAUCGGUGGUAGCAGUAGCACUAGUAUUAGUAGUGGCAGCAGUAGUGAUCCGUGUGUCGGCGGAAGCAAUGGUACCGCAACAGCGGCAACGACGGUACCGCCGGUCGUCACGACCGUGGAGUCCACGAUGGCCAAACUCACGAUAACCAACAGUUCGAAGGAUGUGGGCAUCGGCGGAACGGGAAACGGUACGUCCGAAGAUAUCUACGUGUCGUGUGUGAACCCCGGAGCGGGUUUGGUUAAUAAAGUGGAUGAAUUAAGUAGUAAAAGCAUUAACAAAUACCACACGACAGUACCUGUUUAUUUUGUAACUCCUAUUAUCUGUUUAAUUUGUCGGGAUUACAUCUGGGGGCUCGGGCUGCAAGGACGACAGUGUAGACAAUGCUGGUCGUGUUUCCACAUUAAGUGCUUACCGCUAGCCGUUCACGAUAUGUGCCAAAGAAAUACCGACGUUUAUCCGAUGAUGCCGGCCACCUACAGUACCGACAAGUCAAUUAACGAGUGGACGUCAGCAAACGUUCUGGAAUGGAUGGCCGCGAACAACCUGUACACCUACGCUGACGUGUUCAAAGCGAAAGAUAUAAAAGGCUGUGAUUUAACGAACUUGGAUCGUGAUAAACUAGGACAAAUGGGUAUUAAAAAUGAAUUCCAUCAGCAAACAAUCCUAGCGUCCAUAAAGGAUUUGCUGACGAGUGCGGACAAGCCGAUCCAAAGCGGUGGAACGAUGCGGACCAUCAGCGGCGGAAGCGGAAUCGUGCUGAAGAUCGCCGGUGACGAUAGCAGCCUCUGCAGCAGCACCGGCGAUCCGGCGGCGGUUGGCAAGCACUCGCACGAGCUGGUCAACCAUUCGUUCUUGAAGCUGGUUAAAUGUGAUAAGUGUCAGCAGUACUUGCGCGGGCUGAUACAUCAGGGAUUGCUUUGCAAGCAGUGUAAUCUCAUUGUCCACCGGCAGUGCUCGGCCACGGGGCUUGUCGGGUUGCCGUGUACGGCAACAGCUGGAGCGGACAACGGUGGAAGUCGGACGGCAACGACAACGAUGUUGGCGCCCAGCCGAAUCCAGCCGGUGUUCGGGGUGGGGCUGUGCCAUCAGUUCAACGUGGACCAGCUGCCGGCACCGCAGAUCGUGAUAAUACUCUGCAACGAGCUCGAGCAGAAGGCGCUAUGCGAUGACAACCUAGAUCUGUACAAACUCUACCGGACGACACAGUCCAGCUACGACGAGGUGAACAAACUACGCGAAUCGCUCAACGAGAAUCUGAUCAAUACCGAUCUCAGCAGCUACACGCCUGAGUGUGUGGCCACGGUGCUGAAGAAGUUCCUGCGUGAGCUGCCCGACCCGAUCAUUCCGGUUCUGUUCUACGACAAAUUCGUGGAGGCCUCAAAGAUCAUCAGCGACACGGUGGCGGCGGAAACGCUGCGGCUGCUUAUUCACGAGCUGCCGGUUCACCACGGCAACACGCUCAAACACAUCAUGGUCCAUCUGAUACGAAUCUGUCGAAUGCAGUGCCAGCGGGGGAUUGAUAGUCAACCGACGAUACUUAUACAAGUAUGGUGCCAUAUACUGUUGCGACCUCCCUGGGAGAAAAUUGUUCAAAUCGUGUCAAACACGGAAAACCACCUGCGAAUAAUGGAGCUGCUACUGUACAAAAUCGACUGGAAGGAGAAACUACCGGAGUUUGCAUCGGCACCAGCGGUGCCUCCGCGGAAAAUUUCCCGCAGCGCUGCGGGCCUCCAACAACAGCAACAACAAUCGCAGCAAUCCUUCCUGCAGCAGAUCCCUAGUUCUUCUUCGUCGUCAUCUUCUUCCCAGUCAUCCGGCAGUCUGCGGAAGCCACCAGCCAUUACGUCUCCGGCAGCUGUGAUACCGUCGCCCCUGAUCGGAGGGGCGAUCUACAAUAAUUCCGGCAUCAGUAGUGGUGGUAGUAGCGGCAGUGGCACCAUCGGAUCCACUGCUGGCGACGCUCGAGGGACGGCUAUGUUCCGGAUGGUGGGCGACGCGGACACGCCCGCCGACCUACGGGGAGCCGAAUGGUACUGGGGUAAAAUAUCUCGAGACGAGGUCAAGGAGAAGAUGACCGAUGCGGCGGAUGGGUCGUUCUUGGUGCGAGACGCCACGAGCGGAAAUGGCGAGUACACGCUCACACUCAAGAAGGAUGGAACCGAUCGUGUGAUCAAGAUCUUCCACACCAUGGACAAGUACGGUUUCACGAAGGAAGGCAGCCACAACAGUGUGGUCGACCUGAUCAAUUUCUACCGGAACGUAUCGCUGAAAGAGUACAACACCAUCCUGGAUAUAAAGCUGCUGUUUCCGAUCUCACGAUUCGAAGACGAUAACUACAUUAGCAGCGUCGGGGAUGACACCCCUCGAUUAGCGCAGAAGUUCAUCGAGAUAUCGCAAACGCUGAACGAGAAACUUCACGAGCGAGAAAAACUGCAGGAGGAUCUCAACUUGUCCAAAAACCAAGUCGAUUUGAAAAAGCAAGCUCAGGAAGCGUUCAUCGAAGCGGAAAAGUUGUUUCAGGACCAACUGGCGAUACAGGCCAGAUUUGUGAGCGAGGCGCAGCCUCACGAAAAACAGGGCAUCAGCACCAACAACAAGCUGAUCCGGGACCGGAUGCAGGAGCUGAACCAGUGCCGGGACCAACUGCAGGAAGAUAUGAAGAACGAGAAAACACGAAUCUGGCAGCUGGAGCGAGAAAUCAACAAGCUCAAUCCGAUAAUCAUGUCUCUCAGCAAGGAAAAGUCCGGCUACAACGAGGAACUGAAACGGCAGGGCGUGACCGAGAGCCAAAUCAAACAGAUGGAAACGGAUGGUUAUUUCUCGCACAGCCAGGGCAGCCAGGACAUGCCGCACAACGACGAAACCACCUGGCUGGUGCCGACGUUCAACCGAACGGACGCGGAGAAGGAACUGGCGCCGAAGCCGAACGGGACGUUCGUGAUACGAUCGGGCAGCGGCGGCCACUAUGCUCUCUCGAUCAAGUGCAACGAUACCGUCAACCACUGCAUUAUCCAGCAGACGGAGCGGGGCUUCGGCUUUGCGGAACCGUACAACAUCUACGAUUCGCUCAAAUCGCUGGUGCUGCAUUACGCCACCAACUCGCUGGAGGAGCACAACGACACGCUGCAGACGACGCUCAAGUACCCGCUGCUGGCCGCCAACAAGCAGCAGUCCACCUAGGGAGGGAGGCCGGCUUUCGUUACGGACGGUAGGACGAACAAACGUUGUUUUCGUACAGUUGCCUGAGUUCGCAUGGGAUGACGGUAGGCAAUCGUUUUAAUUUUUCUCACCUGCGGUGAGACCUUUCCUUUUUUUAAACUAGAUGUUUAUUCAACGUUGGGAAUCGCUGUUAACAGUCUUUUUUUUAAGAACUCUGUAGCUAGGAAGUUAUGAAAUACAGACAUUAGUUACGUUUUGAUUUGAAA